CACCGAUUAAUGACGGUUACCCAUAAUAAAUAAUUAAAAUAUGACUACAAUUAUUAAAUUAUUGAAAAACUGUUUUGCGAAGCUGAAUAAUCUCAACAGAAUAAGUACUAAUAGAAAGUACGUGCCCUUAUAUAGUAUUCUAGGUGCCACCGCCACAUCAAUAAUAGUUUAUAAAAUUAAAAGAAGUCGAAGUGUAAAACUUCUCAAGCUAACUUCAAGAGAGAAAAGAUUCAUUGAAUUUGCUUCAAUAGAGUUUAAUGGUCAAAUAUACAUGACACCUCAGGAUUUUCUUGAAUCUAUUAUAGAAGUAGAGCCAAAACCUAGGUUAAAAAGAAAAAUUCUUGACCACAAAGAUUUGGACAAGAUUAAAAACACUACACCACCUUUAAAUAAGAGUUCAUCUAGUUUAUUUAGAAACCUAGAGAAUAAUGGAAUUAUGUCAUAUACCGAAUACCUAUUUCUCAUUUGUAUAUUAAUAAAGCCCCAAUCUGCUUUUAAAAUUGCUUUCAAUUUGUUUGACACUGAUGGAAACCAGAAGGUUGACAAAAAUGAGUUUCUGUUGAUAGAGAAAAUAUUUAGCAAUACCUGGAAGAAAAAAAGGAACAUAAAAGAUUCCAAACCAAAUAAUAAAAGUUCUAUUAUGGAGCAGUACGUAGAUGACGAACAGGGCCUUCAAAGAAAACACAUUGUUGAUACGACCAUUUUGAUACAUUUAUUUGGUCCUAAAGGGAAUGUCGAUUUAAAUUUUGACACUUUUAAUAGAUUUGCGUUAAAUUUACAAGCAGAAUUACUAGAAAUUGAAUUUGUUGAAUUUUCAAAAGACCUGCCUACAAUUUCUGAAUUAGACUUUGCUAAAAUACUUUUAAGAUAUACGUACUUAGACACUGACGAGUGUAACGAUUAUAUUAACAGAUUCAAGAAAAGAGUUAGAGUUAAUUAUAGGAUAACUUUUGAAGAGUUUAAACUGUUCUGUCAGUUUUUAAAUAACAUAGAUGAUUUUAGUAAUGCUAUUAGAAUCUAUACAUUAGCAGACGUGCCCAUUUCCAUAAAAAAAUUUCGAAGAGCUUUUAAAAUUUGCACAGGAAAGAGUAUAAAUAAAAAUUUGGCAAAAAUUGUGUUUGAUAUUUUUGACGAAAAUGAAGAUGGUUUUCUGAGCAACAAGGAAUUUAUAGCUCUCAUGAAAAAUCGCUUGCAACGGGGUUUUAUGUCACAUAAAAAUAAUAGAGGGUGGAACAAGUUUAAAAAGUGCUUUAAACAAGAAUUUAAAACAUUCAUCCUAUUCCACUAACUGUUUUCGUCAAAAAAAUAUGUUAUACUAAUAAUUGAUAUUAGGAGUAUGUAG